AGCAACAAAGCAAAAAAAAAAGCUAGUUAUUCACCUCCUCUUCAACCCCCCUUCUAAAUGGCUUCAAAAACCUACGAGGAGUUGCAUGGGAGCAACAACUGGGAUGGUCUUCUUGACCCCUUGAACCCAGACCUACGUACCCUUAUUCUUGGCUAUGGCGAUCUUGCUUCAGCUGCUGAACGAGCAUUGAAUAACAACGAGGGCUCUAAGUACGCAGGCUACUGCCAGUACGGCAAGAGCUCCUUCUUCAAAGGAGUCAUGCUCCCUUUGUCUGAAUCAAAGUACACCGUCACUUCUUUCAUCUACGCCACCGCUCAUGUCGACUUUCCGCUUGCUUUUCUCAUCCAUGACAAGUCUCGUGAAAAUAGUGAAUUUGAAUCAAACUGGAUGGGGUAUGUAGCAGUUUCCAACGAUGAGUUCAGUAAGUCGAUAGGCCGUCGCGAAAUAUGCGUGGUAUGGCGUGGGACGGUCCGAACUUACGAGUGGAUAAACGACAUUAAAGACGCCGGGCCUGUGCCAGCUGACCCGCUGCUGCCUUCUGCAAAUGGUAAGAGUAUUACCAGCUUAAUUGGUGCAGCAAUAGACCAACCAAAAGUCAUGGAAGGAUGGCUUAUAAUUUAUAACACCAGUAACCCAAAUUCCACUUUGGUGAAAACAAGUGCUAGAACACAGCUCUUGGCACGAGUAAGAGAGUUACUGGUUAAGUACAAAGAUGAAAAAAUAAGCAUAACGUGCGUUGGACACAGUCUUGGUGCAAGCCUAGCAACCGUAUCUGCUUUUGACCUUGCAGCGAAUGUUGCAACGCCUGAUAUCAAGGUAUCGGCGUUUGUUUUCGCUUCUCCACAAGUGGGUAACCAGGCUUUCAAAAACAAGAUGGAGGAACUACCCAACCUCAAUGUAUUGAGCAUAAAAAAUAUCAAUGAUAUCGUCCCUAAGUGGCCAAGCAAGAUAAUGGAUUGGAUUGACGAAAAAACUACUUUGGUGACGAUACCAAAAGAUGUGCUGUUGUACGUCGACGUUGGGAUCGAUAUACUGAUUGAUAGCAAAAAGUCACCAUUCUUCAAAGAGAAAGGUGGGUUGGAUAUCCUUCAUGCUUUUGAUUUCCAUAACUUGGAGGGUAUGUUGCACACUGUGGCCGGUUACGAUGGGAAGGAUCGAGAGUUUAAUUGGAAAUCAGUAGAGCAGAGGAGGAGUUUGGGUUUGGUGAACAUGUCGGCUGAUCUUCUGAAAGAGAAGUACCAGAUACCUCAGUCAUGGUGGGUUGAGAAGAACAAAGGAAUGGUGCUUAAUGAAAGUGGGGAUUGGGUUUUAUCACCUGUCGAUCCAGAUGAUCAUGAUCUAUUGCCUACCACUACUACUGUAAUAUACCAAGUUUGAUGAUGAUGAUGAUCUACCAUGUACGUACCUCUAGUAAGUUUGAUGAUAAUAUCAAUAAUCGUGGUAAAAUAAAUGAUCUCUUUGAUUUGUAAUCAAAGAUGUCACUGUGGUUAUGUAAACCCAUACGAUAACUUGUUAUAAUUAUGGGUUGUAAUAAUAAUGKUUACUGUAUUUGAUAU